UAGCACACACGCCGAGUAGACCACGCGGAGAACGGUCUUUGCGAUUAGGUAGUAGGGUUUGUAUCUGUUUCUGCAACCGUGGGAAUAGAAGGGAUACUUUAACGGUUUUCAAGAUAUGGGUUCAUUAAUCGUAUGUGUACUCUGUACGUUGUGGCCAUUCGACAUAGGUAGACGGCUCCAUGCCAUGUACCGAACUAUACAUACAUGACAUGGAUGAACAACAACCCACUAAAACCAUCACCGUAUCCCCUAAAGAACUCCAACAUACGCAACCGCCCCCAAUCCUCCCCAUCUCCUCUCAAAAGAACCUCAAUCCCAGAAUCCUAUAAGAUAAAACCCUCAAACAAACACAAGCCACACACCCCUGAGCCUCACAUGCAGGUACCAACCAUACCAACCCUACCAACCUUACCUUGGCGUAAGUCUACACGAACAUGUCAGCCACUCCGUCAACCCCAUCCAUCCGCCCAUCUAGAACAUCGUUGACCCCAACCCCACAACACCGGUCAGAUCCCGCUUUUCGUGAU